AUGACUACAAAUCGUGAUUCUACGCGAACGAACGUCUCUGGUCAGAUGAACGACAUCGAAAAACGUCAUGAGAAGUUGAAGCAACGUGCCAGUCAAGCGCAAACUGAAAAGAACCUAUUAAAUCAAGUUGCUCAAUGGGAGAAAGAAUCGAUUGGGAAAAUUCAACUAGCAGCGAAAAAGGCUCGAACUGAAAUUCAACAAUUUAUUAAAGAUUCUAAUACUCAAAUAGCCAAUUCUCUAAAUAAGGUUUCUACUGAACUUCGUUCAAGAAAAAGAGCCAAUAACUAUACCGAUCGUGACAUCGAGAAUUUGAACAAUCUAUUGCAGAGUUGUGGUGAGCAUAUGAAACAGCAAAAUGAACUCAAUGUAAUCAAAAAGGAUUUCUCGCCAUCCGAAUUAAUUAAAAUUGCUAAGAACUUUGCACCUACACAAGAAACGAUCCGUCCGACAAUACGAAAUGCACGAUUUGCUCCAACACGCGAACAACAAGCAUUGUCCCCACGUCUAGAACGAUAUUCUCUGCCACCAGAGAUCGGUUUUCUUUCGGAAAGACCAACUCAACGAGCUGACUAUAAUACACUACCACCGCCGCAAUAUAACCCAACACCUCAAACACGAAGACGACCGAUUGAUGUUGCACCGAAUUCAAAUAUUAAUUCUGACCCUUAUCCAAGUAUUUCUUUCAAUGUGAAUUCAGGCACGGAUAAAAAUAUUCAAAGAUUAUUUGAAAGCAUCGGUACUCUUGCACCUAUGAAUAAAAUAGGACCGAUGAGUGGCGAUUGUGAUUACGAAACAACUCAAAUGGAAUCUUUCCUUGCUCAAACAUUUCAAUUUAGAAAUAUUCCUGGUGAAUAUAUCGUUCAUGGUGUCAAAUCAUUUCGACUCGGCAGACCUCCGUUUCUCAUGGAUCCGAAUACACUAAUCCGCUUUCCUGGUACUGGACGAGUAGCAUUCGCCAUGACUGCACAGGAAAUUUUGGAUUGGCAACAAUCUUACCGAGUCUAUGCUGACGAAGAUGCUCGCUGCAUAAACAAAAUCUUCAUCCGUAGAGCACUUCAAGGCUUGACUAAAUCGGGAGAAGAAGCAUUUGCUAUGAAGUUCGUUGUUCGUAUUUCACAGUGUCCCAUUCUCAUGGAAUUCGAUGCUCGCAUCAUUCAACGUGAGCUCCAGCACGAUUGGCCUCAACGCAUCAAACUUGUCUCGGUCACUGGCAUCGACUUUGCUGGCCGAGUUCAUGAUCUCAAUGACAUCACUACCUAUGUCACCAACUGGCCAGAUAUCUAUGAGAUCGAUCCUAAAACGAGCCUACCCUUUGUCUACAACGGCAGAGACUUUCGUGUCAAAGCAAGAGCACCUCGAGCACAACUACACGAACGGCAACUGCUCGCCGAUCUCAUGCGAAUGGCCAGACUUCGACUGUAUGCAUGUGACAAGGAACAAGUUCAGGUGGUGGUCGAAACCGGCAUCGGACUUGGUGUGUUCGCUGGCAAACACAUUGGCAUCGAUGGCAAGGUACGAGCACUGUCUGCCCGAGCUAUCCGACAAGUUCUCGAAGAAGAUGGACCUGUCUUUCAGCACAUCUGUGCUGUCGUUUUUGCACUACCGAUCUUCGAAAGUGAUGUGAGAAACGGUCGACGAGAUGAUGUCUAUCAAGCAUUUGCUGAUGAGUUCAAUACAAGUCAAUACAAAGGACGCAUUCCAGUGCUGGUCGCCGAUCAAGACAUGCAUCGUUUGACAGUGUGGAUCGCGAUGUCUGGAUAUCGAGUGAGUGAGCUGAAUCCAGCUGAUUCACAUGGUGUGUUCGGUGAAUACUGGCAGAAUCGUGGUCCAGCGGUGGAAGAGAAACUUGCAUUGACCACUGUUGGUCUGUUAGUUCAACAUCAUCUAAUCAAUCCACACGUUCUCGAUAUGGAUCAUUACCAUCUUGUUUCAUUCAAAACAUAG